GACGCACGAGGGUGGGGGUCAGUCUGUCGGCAGGGGGCUGUGGGACAGAUGUACUCCACAUCUGCACUGCUGGUGAAUACGUGCGGCGUGUCAGGCUCACAAUGUCGCGGAGAGGAGGAGGAGGAGUAGGAGACGGGCGGAGCUGUGUCGGUGUCACAACUCACAACGCCAGAAUGCCGCUACAAACUACCAAUGUGGGGGUUGGCUCUUUAAUUCAGUCAAUCCACUGGUAAUAGCCCGCACAAGCUUAGUGCCCGCGACUCUGCACGACCCCGUUGAGCGAUUGUAAUCCCGAGCGCGACUUGUUUGGACUGUUGACACAGUUGUUCGUGCACGGACAUCUGCGGGAGCGGCGCAUUCUUGUGGAAAGACAAACGCCAUUUACUCGACAUGAAGUGUGACAAAUGCACUAAGAAGGAAUGUAGCAAAAAACGGAAGAACGAUGAGAACGCAAGUCUGAUCAUAGAUACGAGAAGCCCUGGAGCCAGCGACAGGGACGAGGAAAGUGAAUUUCAUAAGUUGGCCAACGCAAAAAUAUUCCUCAGUGACUGCCUAGCCUGUGAAAAUUGUCUAACGUCCAUGGAAAGUCAGCGGAUCGCUGGACAAUGCCAGGAGUUCUUGACUGCACUUGAUCUCAAUCAGAGAUGUGAUGAGUCCAAGCACAAAGUGCUGGUUGUUUCAAUUUCGCCUCAGUCAGUGACUUAUUUUGCUGCUAAGCACUCUAUAAGUGUUUCUGAUGUAAUCCAAAGACUCUCUGGAUUCUUGAAAAGCCUUGGGGCCCACUAUGUCUUCAACAUGAUGUUGGCAGCUGAUUUCAGCCUUCUUGAGAGUCAAAGAGAGUUCGUCCAACGCUUUUACCAGAGAAGCCAAAACCAACGUGCUUUACCAAUGUUUGCCUCUGCUUGCCCUGGCUGGAUCCGUUACGCUGAGAAAGCCCUCGGUAGCCUCGUGCUUCCACACAUCUGUACUGCCAAAUCCCCACAUCAAGUGAUGGGAUCUCUGAUAAAGGACUAUUUUGCCAAAAAGCAGCAACUCCCACCUGAGAAGAUCUUUCAUGUUGUCAUAACUCCCUGCUAUGAUAAAAAAUUGGAGGCACUAGGAGAAGACUUUUACAGCAGUGUUCAUAAGAUACAGGAUGUUGACUGCGUACUAACAUCAGGUGAAAUAGAACAGAUGAUGGAUCAAAAAGGUUUUCAGCUGACAGAUGUGGAGCCAACAGCUUUAGACAAUUUGUUUGAAGAAAUUGGUGACAUAGGUAUUUCAAGGCAUGAUGGGAGGGGAUCUGAUGGCUUCCUAGAACACAUUUUUAAAUAUGCUGCUAAGGAAAUCUUUGGCAUUGAGGUGAAAGAAAUCGUCUACAAAACACUCAGGAAUAAAGACUUCCAAGAGGUGACUCUGGAAAAAGACGGGGAAAUACUUUUACAAUUCGCUGCCACCUAUGGAUUCAGGAAUAUUCAGAACAUGGUUCACAAACUGAAGAAAGGGAAGUUUCCUUAUCACUUCAUCGAAGUCCUUGCAUGCCCUGGAGGGUGUCUCAACGGAAAAGGUCAAGCUAUGACCGAAGAUAGAAAAAUGGAUAAAGAUUUGCUGCAUCGGAUGGAGGUGAUGUACAGCAACCUGCCCGUCCACGUGCCAGAAGCCAAUCUACAUGUGCAAACGCUCUACCAGCAGUGGUUGGAAGGAAGGAACUCGACUAAAGUCCGUGAGGUGCUGCAUAAACAGUACCACGUGCUCAGUGAGGCCCUGACCAGCGUGGACAUCAAGUGGUAGUGCUGGCGGUGCAGUUCCUAACUUGUGCAACGCCGGUUCUGCAGCCAACACUGGUGGUAUAUCAUAACAAAGGUGCAAUCGGGCUCGCAAGUGUGUUGAAGUAUGACAUUGUGUCUUUGCAAGGAAUAGAGACUUGAAUCUUGUAAUUUAUCGGACUUCAGAUAAACCUGGGAGACGUUCGUCUUCAAAGUCACUUGAAUGUUUCCAUUGUUCAUGCCUGCUUUCAAAUUAAUAUAUUGCAUACAAGGUCAUAAUUGCAUCAACAAUUAUUUUCUCAAAUGGAGAUAUACAGAAGUGAUAGAAGAAGAAUUCUUCAAAUACCAUUCCGAGUCCAGAACGUAUAUAUUCUGUUCUAUUUUAUUUUAUGUUAUUGUUCGUGUAAUGCAUUCAGGGUGAGAUGGGGAAAUUCUCUGUUCUUGAGCUAUAUAUAUACUUAUUCUUGAAUGGAGGGAGAGAACAGUGCAUGUCAUUCAGAAGCGGUGACUUGCAAACAGCUCAAUAUUUGGUGCUUUUUGGAUUUGUCUUUAUACACAAGAAACACUUCACCUUGAGGACCUUCGAGGCUAUUGUUCUGGCGAGGUCCACAGCAUGCUUGCCGCAACUCCUCUGAACGGUUCACUUAAUGGAUGUUAACGUUACACUUGUGUCUGUUUACUCAAAAACAUGAUUCUAGCUUGUCCUGUGAAUUCUGAAAAUCAGGUAAACUGAUCUAAUAAUCUGGUGAUAACAAGGAACUCCAGAUGCUUGUCUACCAAAGAAAGACACAAAAUCCUGGAGUAACUCAGUGGGUCAGGUAGAAUCUCUGGAGAACAGGAAAGGUGACAUUUCUGGUCAGGACCCUUCUUCAAAUUGAUUGUCAAGUUCAGUCUGAAGGGUUCCAACCUGAAACAUCACUUAUCCACGUUCUCCAGAGAUGCUGCCUGACCUGCUGAGGUUCUCCAGCAUUUUCUGUUUUUUACUGAAAACUAUUUGUUUUAAAGAUGCACUUGUGAAGUUCAGCAGUUACCCUCCUGGCAAUUGAUGGCUGAUUUGAUUGAAAGGAGUUUGUUAAACUCAUUAAAAUUAUUUACUGAGGUUUUUAAAAGGAUAGAAGGUGCUGGAAUAUCUCAUGAGGUCAGGCAGCAUCUACAGAUAAAAUGGUUUGGUAACGUUUUGGGCCAAGACACUUCUUUGUCUGAAGAAACCUCACCUGUCCAUGUUCUCUAGAUGUGCUGCCUGACCUGCGUUACUCCAGCACUUUGUGUCCUUUUGUGUAUUAACCAGCAUCUGCACUUUUCUUUCAACAGGGGUGGGUAAUGUUUUGGAUCACGACCGUUCUAUGUCUGAGGAAGGGUCUUGGCUCGAAGCAUCACCUAUCCAUGUUCUCCAAAAAUGCUACCUGACCUGCUGAGUUACUCCAGAACUCCAGAGUGUUUUUUUUGUAAACCAGCAUCUGCAGUCCUUUGUUUCUACUUUAAAAAGGACAUAUUCAGCGGGCACAGAAAUGACAGUACCCUUUCACUGCAGUUUUUGAAUGUAUUACAUCUGAGUUCUUUGAAUGCCUCUUUUCCUCCUUCGUAUUGAUAGUUAUCACAGUAUUGAUCAAUAUACAAUAUUCCCAUAACAAUCAAUUAAUACUCAGUUAACAAUAGGAAAGAACAUGACAGGCAGCAAACUUAUAGAUCGUGGAAAAAUAUCGCACUUAUUUGCAAUUUAAUGUGAAUCAUUAAACUUUAUCAAUUCACUAUCUUAAUCAAGUAGUAUUCCAUUGGAAGUUUAAGGAACAAGCAUACCUGACCUAUUAAACAACUAUACAAUCUUUAAUUACAUUUAGCACCUUGUAUGAGGAAUUACUUGAAAUCCUCUCCAACAGAAAUAUACUGCAUUUCUCAUGAAUGUAAUCUCUACAACAUUUUUAUAAUAAGCCUUUUGAUGUUUCAGACUGCACAAUAAAGGUUUAUAUCAUUGCUAAUGUUUAGGAAUUGGUGCAAGUGGACAUCAGUCAUUUUUGAAACACUGUUAUGGUUUGAGCUUAACCUGUACCUACUCCAUGUAAAAAUGUUAUUGUGAACAAAAUAUUCUGUAAAUUCAACUGCAGUUUUGUGCAUGUGUUGGUUAAACGAGAAAAUAAACCAGUUUUUUUUAUUUGUAA